GAAAUUGGAUUGCGAUUCCUGAAUUAGCAAGAAAAUAUCGAAAACAUAGUCCCGAUGGACUUGUUUUAGAACAGACUGUAUUAGCGGAAUUAGCUUUAGUAAAAGCAAUUGAAAAAACUAAGGAAAUUUAUGAUAAUGAUUCACCCAAUCAUAUCACGAUGCCUACAACAGUUGAUGAAUCUUUAGUCAGUGAUGUAUUCGCUAAAUUAGAGUCAGCGCUUUCACAAGCUUCAGGACAAGAGAAAGAGACUUUGAGUACCAACUUUGUUCCACCUCAAAUACCGGUAGGAUACAAUUUCGUACUUAUCAUUCAAGGCCUAGCUAUAAAAGGAAUGGCGCAAGAAACAUUUGGUAACUUUGACGGUGCGGAUGGUGCAAUCGCUUGUUAUGAUCAGGUUGUCGCUUUACUUGCUCAAUAUUCUGGUGAAAAACAAGAACAAUUGGCAAAUUGGACGGAAGAAGUUCUAUAUCGAGCAUCAUUACUAAAAGUAAGAUUGGGAGAUGCUAGCGGGGCACUUCAAGUCUUUAGAACAUAUCAGCAUUAUUCUACUUCUUCAUGGGGUGAAAAAUUCAGACUUAAUAAGCGUGCUGUCAUAUAUAUGAAUUUUAUAAAAUUUCUUUCGAAAACAUACCAAGAAAAGACUUAUAUUCCGCCGAGUGAGCCUACAGCAUUUACACUUAACGAACAAUCUACCAUAUAUACUCCGCAUACGUUCCGCGUCGAGAUAACUGGUUUGCAUACACUAUAUGAAAAUGUAUUAUACCAAAUAACGUCAUUCCCUAAGGCUGGUGAGAUAAAUUGGAGAGUUUUGGAAAUGGUUGAUCAAAUAAUGUCUGAUUGGAUUGUGUUAAAUGGUGGAACUACUACAGAAAUGCGAGGAUUGGUUGAGAUGCUUUAUCGCGCUGCUCAAAAAACCUUUCAAUCUCCAAAAAUUCUACGAUAUCUGGCAUUUACUUUGUACACACUCGGUGAUUAUGAUGAAGCUGAGUUGGCUUUAGAAGCCUAUAUCACCUUGGUUGAGAAACUUAGAGAAACGAAAACUGCAGAAUUUUUUAAAAAAAUUCCAUCCACAGAAAACGAUAAUAAAUUUUCUGAUAAUGAAAGUGUCGAGCAUGUCGUGAAAGUACUGAUUACUGGUUCUGAGAUGAUGGCAAAAUAUUUAUGCAAGUCAGAUAAAACUCUGGAAUAUGCAAAAAAGGCCUUGACCUGGUGUGAAAUUGACGAUAGUCUUGUGGAUAAUAAAUCAUUUGCUCAAGCUUGGCGCUGUGUUGGUGUUGGAUAUAGUUUAACUGCACGCGAAGCUAUUGAUCCGGAAAACCGUCCUGAUCUUCACUCAAAAGCAAUCGAAGCAUUCGAUAAGUCGAUAUCACUUGAUCCGGAUGCUUUUGAAACGCAUUAUCUUCUGGCUUUAGAAUAUGCAUUUACAAGGGACAUUGGUAAAGCAAUUGAUUGCGUGCGACAAGCUAUAGUGCUAGAAAAUGAGAGUGUUCCUUGCUGGCAUUUACUUGUCCUUCUUAUGUCUUCUCAGAAAGAUGUUCAAGGUGCAUUGAAAGCAUGUGAAAUGUGUUUAAAAGAAACGGACCUAGAAAAUACGGAUUUAUCUGUUGAUGAUGGUGAAGAAUUUUUAUCUUUUAAAUUAACUCAAAAUGCUUUACAUGAGUUAGCAAACGGUCCUGAAGCUGCAAUACAAAAUCAUGAAAAACUUUUCAUUUUAUAUGCAAAAAUGUUUCCUGAAUUUACAUUGGUAUCACCAAAUGAUCCUCCAUAUGAUUCAACUAGCUCACGAAAGCAAAGUAAUGCAUUUGAUGACACUCAGGCACAAACUACACAAUCACCAAAGCCCGCAACUAGUGUACGAAGCUUUCCAAGCGUACUCGAAAAGAAAGAUGGUGAUGAAAGUACUGAUGGUUCUAUUUCAAGCAUCGGAUUAGGAAACAAGGAUACACUUGAGGUUCCCAAGACAAAUUAUGCGUCGUCAAUCGCGUCUUCCAGGAACUCGGCAUCAUCUCGUCGUAGUACAACACCCACAAUUUCCGGUAUUCCAUCUGCUAAAUCGGUGACAUCGUUUAUCGCACCUUCACAACCAAUACUAAAAAUGCGAUAUAGAAAACAACGAGCCACUAAAAGCUUAGUAGAUUUAUGGCUUUCUUCUGCAUCGACUUUCCGUCGUCUUGGCAACUUAGAAGAAGCACAGAAAGCCCUAGAAAGCGCUGAAGAGACUGAUAAUUCUAAUCCAGAUUUAUGGUGUCAGUUUGGUUACUUGCUUUUUAUUCAAAAACAAUAUGCUGAUGCAAUUACCUCAUUUCAUAAUGCUCUUGCAAUUGAUGGAAACCAUGUUCCAACUCUUAUUCAUUUGGCUAGAACUUAUAUUGAGACAGAUAAGAUCGAUAUUGCGGAAGGCCUUCUUGAGAGUGUCACUAAGGGUAAUGGUUGGGACUGUGCAGAAGCUUGGUAUUUAUUUUAUCCUUCAGAUAUUGCAAAAUAUGUCAAAAUACCAAUAGAGUUAAGAGAGCUAAAGACUGUUUAUG